CUCUGAUUGUCAGCCAGCAGUGAUGUUGCCCAGCCGGAGACAAGACUCAGCUGCUAUUAUCAGCUUGAUUGUGCCUCUUCUACUCCUGCCAGUCAUUUCAGUCCAGACUGCAUUCCACCACUGGUAGCAGUCAAAGCCCGGUGUGUGCUAGGCAGGCAGAGAACAUACUAUACAGGAUGGUGGAGUGCCUGUUAGUGCCUCUACCCCCACAGUGAAUUCUUCUUGACCCAUUCUGCCAAACAAUAAAUCUUAUCUUUCUCUUUGAGGAGAAAAACAGUAGCCCCCCCCCCCACUAAACAACAGAUCUUUGAGGUCAAGUGACAUCUGCCUAGGGUUGUGUGUGUGUGUGUGUGUGUGUGAGUUGUGAUAGGAUAGGAAUUCAUGGGUCUACUGAAGAACAUGGUCAACUAUGGAUUAUUUUAACAAAUAAGUAUCUUUUAUUAUUCCAAUGGCUACAUUGUACUUCUGUUGCCCCUCUUCCCAUCAUUCCUUGAGUCUUUUCACAGGCUAUGUGGAAGCUGCAGACAAAGGAAGAUAAUUGGCUUGGCUCCCUCUACAUUUUUUCAGGAGACCAACCCUUGCCUGUCUCUUCCUCAUCUGCCUGGUGGGGAAUCUGCCCAGCUACCUGGGUCUAAGUGAACCAGAAGGAAGAAAGCUACCUCAUUCAUAUCUGGUUAAUGCUGAUUAUGCCUGAGAAAAGGUAAAGGGGAUCAGGCCUUUUUACAGGCUCUUCAAGCUUGACAGAAUGAAUCUAAGUGAUCUUCUCUACCCAAGUAACCCACAGAGACGCCAGAAUGUGAUUGAUUUGCAUCAGGAACUGCUUGAUUGCAUGGAGCUUAAUUUUAAGGCUACUAAUGAACUGAUUAGAACAUUGAAUGGAAAUAUGGGAGCCAAGAUUACAUACAUUAAAAUGAAAGAGGGUGGCACCAUCAAAGAGAACUGUGACAUUAUCAUCAGAGCCAUGAAUGAUAUACAACAAGUAGUGUGGCAGAUUGAUAAACAAAUGAAGGAAAAGCUAGAACCAGUAAUGUACCAAAAACUUUAUGAUAUCAAACAGCCUGAAUUGGAGAAAAUUGCAAUAGCUCACAGAAUUAUUUCCAUUAUACUUGGAGAGGCUACUGUUUCUGCAGGUACAGUAGCUGUAAAAUUAAUAUGUUCAAAUACUAUAACAGCUACUAUUAACAAGCUAGUUGCUUUGCUUGCUCAAAUUGGAGUAUCUGUUCUUGGAGGCAUUGCCAUUAGUGUACUUGGAUUGGGUAUUGACAUAAUUCUUCAUGCCAUCCUGGGAGCAGUUGAAAAGGAUCAACUUCUCGCAUCUAUUCAAAGCUAUGAGCAGCAUCUAGCUGAAUUUAAGGAAGCCUCUAAGACAUAUCAACAUGCCAUCACUGAAAUAAGUGCAUUGGUGAAAGGCAAAAUGAAAUUAAUGGUAUUUGGCGAUGUUCCUACCCAUAAGUGACUACACCAGAUAUAUUCUAACA